GUAAUCUGUCUGUACCUUGCACUGCACACUGUCUGUUGGUUCUGUCUUUUUCCUCCUCUGCGAAAUGGGGGCGACCCUACAGCUUCUGGCAGUUGUUUGUAAAAAACUCAGGCCAGACGACACUACCGCCGCAGGUUGAAGACUUUUCAUCCUCUUCUUCCACCCGCUUCACUUUUUCCCCUUCUUUUAAUGCUGCGUUGAUCUGCCGUCUUGGAGCGAUCUACUGCUCAUUUCUUUCUGUCCCGUCCCCCUAAAAUGUCAGCGCCCAAGCACCCCGAGGGCAGCACUGAGCAGCCCCCCGCCGCCCAAAACACGCCGUCGCAAAUGUUCGAGCUCAACGAGAAAAAAGACUACGACGCGUCCAACUCGCCCAUCUCCGACGAUGAUACCCAUAAGGAGAUCGGUGUAGGAAGGGUCGAGGCCUUCAACAAGGUGCUCUACCAGUCUGGCAAGAAGGGCAAGAUCCUUCUCUGGCUUCUUGGUAUCUCCAUUGGUCUCACCAUGUUCGCCUACGCCCUUGACAUGGGUAUCACGACUACCAUCUUUGGAACGCUUGCGGCUUCGACUUUUGGUGUUCAUAGUCAGCUCGGUACUGUCAAUACGGCUGGUCAGAUCAUUCGUGCUAUUAGCAAGCCUUUCAUUGGAAAGCUUGCUGAUAUUACUUCUCGACCUACCACUUACGUUGUGGUCCUUGCUUUCUACGCUGUCGGCUUUGCUGUCGCUGCUAGCGCCUCGGGCUUCACUGCCUACACUGUUGGUAUCUGCUUCACCUCAGUCGGAAAGUCUGGUCUUGAUCUUCUCAGCGACAUCAUCGUGGCUGACUUGACUCCUCUCGAAUGGCGAGGCUUUUUCAGUGCUUGCCUUUCUCUGCCCUUCAUUGUUACUGUGCCCGUCAACGGAUUCAUCGCUGAUGGCUUCUAUGAAGAUUGGCGCUGGGGUCUCGGCAUGUUCGCCAUCCUCGUUCCCGCCCUUCUCAUUCCCGCCAUUCUUACUCUCUACACCAUGCAGCGACGUGGUGAGAAGGCUGGAAUGGUCACCAUGGCUGAUUCCAAGGACGUUCGAUUGGGUCGCUCCGAGGCCACGCCCAAGAACCUGACCUAUUGGGCCAAGCUCGCGUACCGUGGUCUAAUUGACAUCGACAUCGUGGGACUCAUCUUGCUUGGCUUUGCCUUCUCCUUGAUCCUUCUGCCCAUCACACUGGCCAAGAGCGCAAAGGGAGGAUGGAACAACCCAAGCAUGAUCGCCAUGAUUGUCGUCGGCUUUGUUAUUCUUAUCUUGUUCGGUCUGUACGAGAUGUAUCUUGCUCCCAAGCCAAUGAUGACCAAGCGCAUUGUCAAGAACCGUGCUUUUAUCGCUGGUGUCAUCAUUCAUAUCUUUAACCAGAUGGCCUCUUCUGUUCGCAACACCUAUUUCUCGUCAUAUAUCCUCAUCAUCAAGGAGUGGACUACAUAUCAAUGGACCAUCUUCCUUGGUAUCACUACCAUGGGUCUCUGCUUGGUCGGUCCCGUCGUUGGAUUGAUCCAUCGUGUAUCCCAUCGCUACAAGGGCCUCAUGAUCUUUGGUGCUGCUGCCAGAAUUCUCGGCUACGGUCUUCUCAUCAGCCCCAAUGGUAUGAUGACCCAGGACACUGCUCGUCUUGUCGCUGCUCAGCUCAUCUUCUGCCUUUCUUCCCUCAACGUCGUCGGUGCUCGAGUUGGUGUCCAGGCCUCUGUUCCCCACGAUGACGUUGCUUCUCUCAUCUCCAUCAUUACUCUGUGGUCUACUCUCGGAUCCAGUAUCGGUAGUGCUGUUGCGACAAGUAUCUGGACUGAAGAGAUGGUUGCUCAAAUGCACGUCGAGAUGCCCGAUGUUAAUGAUACCACCAUCGCCACUAUUUACGGCAACAUCAAGACUCUCAAGAAGUAUGACUUCUUCGAUCCCAUCCGUCAGGGUUCUAUUCGCGCCUACGCCAUAGUCAACGGCCAUAUCACCAUCGCUUCAAUCUGCCUGUCCUGCAUUCCUCUCAUCGCCUCUCUCUUCAUGCCCAACUUCUACCUUGGCAAGCAGCAGAACGCCGUCAACAACAAGGGACUUGAUGGCGAGGUUGUCGAUGUUCCAGACCAGACUGGGCCAAGAGACGCAAAUACGACUCAGCAAGAGCCUGCAACAUUCAUGCAGAAGCUGGCUGCUCUGUACCGAAAGUAGAUAAUGCCAACUGAGAAUGUAAGACCUUUAUGCUAGGUCAGACAGAAAGUUCCCGGCUUCGGGGAUGAUACUGCCACUCGGACAUUCUCUUUCCCUGGUCUCCAAAAAUUGCCUGCUACCAUAUUAUUCCAGCAGAGAGAACCUAGCUACAACUGCCUUAAUACAAUCACUAUAGCUCGUCUCAGACUACGUGAGGCUGGUGUCAAGUUCAACCAGUUACAUGCUUCC